AACAAACAUCGCAAGAUAAUCUCCGGCCCGCGAGUCUCUCAUCGCCUGCUCCCGCGCCAUCUCUGCCAAUCGACCACUGCUGCGCCUAAACCAUCGACGGCCAUGACGCGCGUUCUAUGUGUGGCUGAAAAGCCCUCCAUCGCCAAAGCAGUCGCAGGUCAUCUUUCCGGUGGCCAUUACCAAACCAGCAACACACGCGAUGCGUACAUCAAGAACUACACAUUCGACUUCGACUUUGGUCCGCCAUGGGGUCACUGCUCGGUAACUAUGACCGCUGUCAAAGGCCAUCUCACGACAGUCGAGUUUCCAGGCGACUACAAGCAGUGGGAGUACCCGCCACCCGACCGCUUGUUUGACGCGCCCAUUAUGACGGUGGUCUCUAGCGACAGCAAGUCAAUCGCCAAGAACAUUGAAGACCAGGCGAGGCACGCCAGUGCGCUCGUCAUCUGGACCGACUGCGACCGAGAAGGCGAGCACAUCGGAAGCGAGAUCAGGGACGCGGCACGAAAGGGCAACGCUCGGAUUCAAGUCAAGCGGGCGCGGUUCAGCAAUGUCGAAAGAGCUCACAUUCUAUCCGCCGCUCGGCGGCUCACCGCCUUAGACGACAGGCAGGUGGACGCCGUGUCUGCACGCAUCGAGCUCGACCUCAGGAUUGGUUACGCCUUCACUCGGUUCCUGACCCUGAACCUGCGUCCCCUCGGCGGCCCUUUGUCCAACCUCACGCUGAGCUACGGAUCUUGCCAGUUCCCAACGCUCGGUUUCGUGGUGGACCGGUAUUUCCGCGUCAAGAAUUUUGUGCCCGAGCCUUUCUGGGGAAUCAAAGUGAUGCACGAGAGGGACGGCAUCCAGGUCGGCUUCAACUGGUCCCGACAUCGACUAUUCGACCGCAUGUCCGUCGUUAUCCUUUACGAGCGAUGCCUCGCUGCCAGAACAGCAAAAGUCACCAAGGUCCAGGAGAAGCCGACCAAGAAGUGGAAGCCGCUACCUCUCACGACGGUCGAGCUGCAGAAGAUGGCCACGCGGUUCCUCCGCAUGAGCGGUCAGCAGGCCAUGACAGUAGCCGAAAAAUUAUACAACAAGGGAUUCAUCAGCUACCCCCGUACGGAGACCGACCGCUUUGAUAAGGGGAUGGACCUCCGCGCACUAGUGAGGAAGCAGACACAAGACAACCGAUGGGGUUCGUUCGCGCAGGCCCUGGUCGACGGCGCGUUCCAGCAACCGCGCCAGGGCAGGCACGACGACAAAGCCCAUCCUCCAAUCCACCCCAUCACCUACGCGGCACCGGCGGCGCUUGACGACAACGAGAAGCGGGUUUACGAACUCGUCACGCGGCGCUUCCUGGCCUGCUGCUCCGAGGACGCCCGCGGCAUGGCCACGGACGUCGAGAUCCUCUACGGCGACGAGACCUUCACCGCGCACGGCGUCAUCGUCCUGGAGCGCAACUACCUCGACGUCUACCCUUACGAAAACUGGACCGGCACCGCCCAGCUGCCCCGCUUCACCGUCGGCGAGCGCUUCGAGCCCACCGAGGCAAUGGUAACCGAGGGCAAGACCAGCCCGCCGGGCUACCUCACCGAGGCCGACCUCAUCGCGCUCAUGGACGCCAACGGCAUCGGCACCGACGCCACCAUGGCCGAGCACAUUGAGAAAAUCCAAGAACGGCAGUACGUGCAGACCGUGGUUCGCCGUGGAGGGGGGAACCAGGGCGCCGCCGCCGCCGAUGACGACGACGGCGAAGCAGACCCACCUCCCGCAGCACGAGGCGGACGCGGACGGGCCAGAGGGCGCGGCAGUCGCGGGGGUGCAGCACGGGGUGGGCGUGGGGGCGGCGGCGGUGGCGUGCGAGAGUUCAUCCCGACCAGCCUGGGGGUGGCCCUGAUCGAGGGCUUCGACCGGAUGCACUUUGAGACCAGUCUCGGCAAGCCGUUCCUGCGCAAGGAGAUGGAGCUCAAGAUGAAGGCCAUCUGCGAGGGCAGGACCACCAAGCAGGUUGUCCUGCACGAAAGCUUGAGCGAGUAUCGGCAGGUUUACGAGCAGUCGAGGGCGGAGCUCAAUAUCCUCAAGGCGGCGUGCAGGCAAUAUGUCUUCCAGCAGCAGAACGGAGCAUGACGAGCCACUUCGUCGAGUUGACCUAUCCCGCCACGAAACCUCGCAAUGCCGUGGCGUCGAGGAUGCGGGGGAACGCGGCAUUCUCCUAGCUGAACCCGCGAUAAAAGGCGAAAACCAAGGCAAGACCGGCGGUCUUCGUAUGGCUGAAACGGAAUGUCAUGUGGG